AGCAAGGGCCUCUUAUUACAGACAAUGGUACGUACUAUAUAAAUACAUGUGUGCAGUCCUCCGAAUUUACCUGGUCCUUGGGUUUUGAAUAAAUUACGGUUAUGAAGAAUAGUGUGAUAAUUAUCAUUGCGUCAGUUUUCGUUGUCGGGGUUUCUUCAUUUGAAUGCGAAGAAGAUGCCUACAUUUGUGAAACUUCGUUGGAGAUUACUGAAACGCUGACUAUGUACCAUGACACAGAAAAGGCGGUGUAUCCUAAAAACGGUUUUCUUUACAAAUAUGACAUAACAGACACAAACCUUGCUGCACCUGUUAACAUUAGUGAAGUUAUCACAGCUGAUGGAUGGGAAGACCGAAAGCUGGUUGUUGUAGCAAAUGGCACAUUACCAGGACCGUCUAUCAUAGCUUAUGAAGACCAGGUUCUUGUAAUACGCGUUACAAACAGCCUACCCUCAGACACCGUGUCCAUCCACUGGCAUGGACUUGAACAGAGGGGUACUCCAUAUAUGGAUGGGACGAGUUACGUAACACAGUGUCCGAUUGCCCCUGGUCAAACAUUCACUUACACAUUUAAGGUAACUCAGGGUGGCACCUACUGGUAUCACUCUCACGCAGGUGUACAAAGGGGCAAAGGACUGUACGGUGCGUUAGUAAUUAGAGAACGAAACAUUCCAUUACACUUACAGAACGUUUCCGGAGAUUUCAUUUUGCAGUUGCAAGAUUGGAAUCACGAUUAUGACGUAGAAAAGGGGUUGUUUUAUUCUAAAACAGGGGUCUAUUUGGAUAGAAGAGAAGUUAUGACUUCCAAAGCUCCCGAAGGUUUAAAUAUUUCAAUUUGGAAAGCUCAUUCUUCUCUCAUUAAUGGCAAUGGACGGUAUCAUGAUCCGGAAACAGGCAAGCACAAUGAAGCACCAUUACAGAUCUUUGACGUUGACAACGGCAAAAUAUACCGCUUCCGCGUUAUAAACGCUGCCUCCAUGUACUCGUAUAGAGUUUCAAUCGACAAUCAUUCUUUGACUGUGGUUGCUUCUGAUGGAUAUUUCAUUAGACCAGUAGUUGUUGAAUCCGUGUUUGUUCAUCCAGGAGAGAGGUACGAUUUUACUAUACAUGCCACUUCGAAAGUCCAAAACUACAUGAUUAGAGGAGUUGCUGAUGAUAUUGUCAAUCCUAUACCUGCUGAAGCAGUUUUGCAUUAUCGUGGAUCAGAUGAAACAUUUGUGAACGUACCUUCUAGGAAAGUACCAUGCUCAUCAACAGAAAAAUGUAUAGUUUUAAAUUGCCCUGUACAGUCUUUUCUGAUGGAACCAGAACUUCAAUGUAUGGCAAUAGAUACCACUACAGCAUAUGAAUCUAGUGAAAUUCCAGCUUACUUUGAAGGGUCAUUCCAUGAAUAUUUCUUAAAUUUCGUUAUUCCAGGUCCUAAAAAAACUCCUCGCACUGUCAACUACAUCGAUUUCGUACUUCCAUCUGUUUCGGCAUUAUCCCAACCAAAUAAGAUCCCUAAUCAUUGUUCUAAAACUGACUGUAAAGAGAAUGAAAUAUGCAAAUGUACCAAUGUAAUAGAUUUAGACCAUAACGAUACAAUCCAGUUCGUGUUUAUGAACAUGGGCAAAAGAAAAGGAUGGGAUCAUCCAAUCCACAUGCAUGGACAUUCCUUUGAUGUUUUAAAAUUUGGAUUUGCCAAUUAUAACGAAACAACAGGGGAGUACAUUUCUCAAAACACAGACAUCGACUGUAAAGGAAAUGCCACCGAAGAUAAAAACUUCUGCAAUAAUGCUACAUGGAGGAACCCAGCUUGGUUGAAUGGGAAUGUUCCUGGUUUGAAUCUUGUCGACCCUCCUCGGAAGGAUACGGUUAUUGUUCCUUUUGGUGGUUACGUGGUAGUACGUAUUAAAGCCGAUAAUCCUGGAUUAUGGUUUCUCCAUUGCCAAAUGUUACCGCACACAGCAGAUGGAAUGGCGGUUCUCCUUAAUGAAUCAUUCCCAUAUUUGCCAGAAAUACCGAAAGGCUUUCCAAUCUGUGGAGAUUUUGAGGGCAUUGACCCAGGUUCUCUUAUGAGUACACCCGAACCGACCACUACUACACCCAUACCUACCACUACAGAGCCUGCCAGAUGCUUGACCCCAGCGGACUGUCUCCGACAUACCGGCACGUGUGGGACUGCAUGGGAAUGCGUAGACAAACUCUGUCAUUGUAGACUAUCAUAAGCUAUUCAACUUUAUCAUGAUGUAUCUAAACAUUUAUCAGUUUGAAUACAGAUAUUAUUAUCA